AUGUCAAAUAUACAACAAAAUCAAACAACAACAUUAUCGAUUAAUGAUGAUUGUUUGGAUAAUAAUCGAAAUAAUAAUAGUAAUAGUUGUAAAAAUCUUACAUCACCAACAACAUUACAAUCACCAUCAUCACCAUUAUCAUCAACAACAAUGAUAAAUAAUCGUCAAAUGAUGAUAAAAUCACGUGGUUAUUUAUCAGCAUAUAAUAAUUCUAUUGGUAAUACGGGUAGUGGUAAUGGUGGUGCACCAAUAUUAUUAUCAGUACCAAAUAUUAAUGGUUGUCCACCAAGACGUCGUCAUUCAUGGAUUUGUGGGUAAGUUGUUUUUUGGGUGAAUAAAAUUGGAUGAAAAAUGUAAUUUUUCAAAAA